GAGGAGAGGUGUGGAGCGGCUGAGCAACGUGGUCUGUUCGUCCGCGGGGAGGCGACGGCGUUUGCGCUCCCCCGCGUCCAAGGCCUAGCGGGUCUUCAGCGACUGAAAGGUAGUCAUUUGCAGUGGCGUAAGGGCUCGCGGCUAGCCGCGUAGCGCCGCCCUGACCUGGUCUCAUCAUGUUGGUCCUGUUUGAAACGUCCGUUGGCUACGCCAUCUUUAAGGUUCUGAAUGAGAAGAAACUUCAAGAGGUUGAUAGUUUGUGGAAAGAAUUUGAAACUCCAGAGAAAGCAAAUAAAAUAGUAAAGCUAAAACAUUUUGAGAAAUUUCAGGAUACAGCAGAAGCAUUAGCAGGUUAUUGUCUUCCGUUGCCUGAGUUAAUCUUCCUCAAUGUUGUCAAUGAUGCAUCUUAUUGGAACUGAAUUUAAGUGAUCUAACCCAUUCGUCACUACCACUGAGACAACAUUGAGUUAGCUUUUUUCACCAUAGGGUUGGUUUCCCCCAUGUGAUGAGAGAUGACAAGUGGUUAAAUUGAUCUCCCUGUGGAAAACCAACAGCCUAAUGCUGAAGCACAAUUCAGUAAGAGCUGUUCUACAAGGGACCAAGCAUUCACAGCUCUGAUGGAAGGCAAAAUCAAUAAACAGCUGAAGAAAGUUUUGAAGAAAAUAGUAAAAGAAGCCCAUGAACCUCUGGCUGUCGCUGAUGCUAAACUAGGAGGGGUAAUAAAGGAAAAAUUGAAUCUCAGCUGUAUCCAUAGUCCUGUUGUUAAUGAACUUAUGAGAGGAAUCCGAUCACAAAUGGAUGGCUUGAUUCCUGGGGUAGAACCACGUGAGAUGGCAGCCAUGUGUCUUGGAUUGGCCCACAGCCUGUCUCGAUACAGAUUGAAAUUCAGUGCUGAUAAAGUGGACACAAUGAUUGUUCAGGCAAUUUCCUUAUUAGAUGACUUGGAUAAAGAACUAAACAACUACAUUAUGCGGUGUAGGGAAUGGUAUGGCUGGCAUUUCCCUGAGUUAGGGAAAAUUAUUUCAGAUAAUCUGACAUACUGCAAGUGUUUACAGAAAGUUGGGGACAGGAAGAACUAUGCAUCUGCCUCUCUCUCUGAAUUCCUGUCUGAGGAAGUAGAAGCAGAAGUGAAAGCAGCUGCAGAGAUAUCUAUGGGAACAGAGGUUUCUGAAGAAGAUAUUUGCAACAUUCUACAUCUGUGUACGCAGGUAAUUGAAAUUUCUGAAUAUAGGACUCAGCUCUAUGAAUAUCUGCAAAAUCGAAUGAUGGCCAUUGCACCUAACGUUACAGUCAUGGUUGGAGAAUUAGUUGGAGCACGGCUUAUUGCUCAUGCAGGUUCUCUUUUGAAUUUGGCCAAGCAUGCAGCUUCUACAGUUCAGAUUCUUGGAGCAGAAAAAGCACUUUUCAGGGCCCUCAAAUCUAGACGAGACACACCUAAAUAUGGACUUAUUUAUCAUGCUUCUCUUGUAGGCCAGUCAAGUCCCAAACACAAAGGAAAGAUUUCUCGAAUGCUGGCAGCCAAAACUGUUCUGGCUAUCAGAUACGACGCUUUUGGUGAAGAUUCCAGUUCUGCAAUGGGAAUUGAGAACAGAGCCAAAUUAGAGGCCAGGUUGAGGAUUUUGGAGGACAGAGGGAUAAGAAAAAUAAGUGGAACAGGAAAGGCAUUAGCAAAAGCAGAAAAGUAUGAACACAAAAGUGAAGUGAAGACUUACGAUCCCUCUGGUGACUCCACACUUCCAACUUGUUCUAAAAAACGCAAAAUAGAAGAGGUAGAUAAAGAGGAUGAAAUUACUGAAAAGAAAGCAAAAAAAGCCAAGAUUAAAAUUAAAGCUGAAGUAGAGGAGGAGAUGGAGGAGGAGGAGGCGGAGGAAGAACAGGUAGUAGAAGAGGAGCCGACUGUAAAGAAGAAAAAGAAGAAGGAUAAAAAGAAACACAUAAAGGAAGAGCCACUUUCCGAGGAGGAGCCAUGUACCAGCACAGCAGUUCCUAGUCCAGAGAAAAAGAAGAAAAAGAAAAAGAAGAAAGAUGCUGAAGACUAAUGUAAAGGAACCAUAGCCCUGUCCCCGAACACAUCAUGCUUACGAUUCAGUUGGGAGCAGAGCACAUCAGAUGCUCUCAAAUAAUCAAGGGAGGUUGAAUAUCUAGCUUUUCAAGCCUUUUUGUGUCUUGACAUCAACUGUUGACCUUAGUCUUUGAUACACAAAUAAAAUAUUUUCUUUGUAUUAUAAGGCAGUUUUGUGAUCUCUUUAUAUUUUAGGCAGAGAAUCUUUAGCCCUUUCUAUGUUGAACUUAACAUCAGACUAGGUAUUGUUAUUGUUGAAAAGUGAGUUGCCGGGAAUUGGAAAUUCCAAAGUUUUAAAUAGCUUUUUGGAAGGUGGUGAUUAGACAGACCAAUUUAAGAUCUUAUGUUUCCCUUGCCUUCUCGAGUUUUAAAACUGAGAACAUUCUGCUAUCUGCUUCAGAAGGACGAAGGUGGUUGUGAUUUUUAUCAUUCACUACUCUUGAUGUGUGGUUUUUGAGACAAGGUCUUAUUGCGUAGACUCACUGUGUAGCCAAGAGUGACAUUGAACUUCCUCCACAGAGACAGGAUUAGACUUGUGUCACUUGGUGUUUGUGCUGGGGAUGGAGCUCACAGCCUCACUUCUGAACUAUAGCUUUAGUUCCCUGCCUGGGCCAUGUGUGUCUAUGUGUCUCUUGUUUUUCUUGCAUGUGUAUAUGUGUACUGCUUAUACACCUUAGUCUGUGGAGUUCAAAAGAAUCCAUUGUUUAACCUGGAUGGUUGUGAGUCAGUAUGUCACCCAAGGUCCACUGGAAGAAAAUCAGCUCCUGUAUUUUUUACACCAAAAAGAUUUUCUCUGAAAGUAAUACAAGGUGAUUCAUAACUUAAAUAAAAUACCUAAUUGAAACGUUA